AUUAAGCAUCAGCUUUUCCCCCCUCGUUUCCCGCGAGAAAGUGCCCUCUCCUUAUAUCUAAUCAACGAACUCCAGAACGAAGCCUUGUUUUUCUCCAGUAUGUGAAAAUCAAUCCCUCGAUUCCUCAAUUUUGAUUCAUGUCUAGCAUUCCAAACCAGGUGAAAAUGACGGUGCUUCUUGUGGACUGUGAAUAGGUCAAAUUGCACAAAUUUUACUUUCUAGGUUUUACGGUGUGGUUUAUAGAAACUUAGGCGGUUGGAUUUUGAUUUGAAUUCUGCUAUGGAGUGCAACAAGGACGAGGCUUUGAGGGCUAGAGAAAUUGCUGAAGCUAGAAUGCAAAGAGGUGAAUUUCAAGCGGCUCUCAAGUUUGCUACCAAGGCCAAAAACCUUUAUGCGGAUGUGGAAAACAUCAGCCAUGUUCUUACGAUUUGUGAGGUUCACAAUGCUGCACAGACACAACUCUCUCCCACUGAAAUGGAUUGGUAUGCGAUUCUUCAGAUUGAAAGAUUGGCGGAUGAAACAGCCAUAAAGAAACAGUACAAGAGGCUUGCACUCCUACUUCAUCCUGAUAAGAAUAAGUUUGCUGGUGCAGAAACUGCUUUCAAAUUGGUUGGGCAAGCCAAUGGUGUUUUGAGUGACCAAGCAAAACGUUUUUUGUUUGACAAGAAGUUUGCUGUCUCUGUGAGAGGCCGCCCUGUGCCGAAAUCCGCCGAGUCCAAGAAGAAAGCUGUCCCGAAGACAUUCUGGACAUGUUGCCAACAUUGUAAUACUAAAUACCAGUUCUGCAUGCCGUUUGUGAAUGCAACCAUACGCUGUAAACAGUGUUUAAAGUCAUUUAAAGCUCGUGCUAUUCCUUUGGAAAAUAUCCAGAAGGAGUAUCCAACGCAUGGUUCCCCAAAACCAGCCUCUGAAAGUACUGGUGGAAGAAACCCUGGUGGAGGAGAACAUGGUAGUACGUUUGUGAGGCCAAAUCCCAUGUCUAUGAAAAAAUGUUCUUCUGGCGUUGGGGCUAAUUCUGAAGGUGAAAAGAGUAAAGAUGACUGUGUUCCUCCAUCCACAGGCGCGGAGUCACAAACCUCUAAAAAUGUUGGAAGUAAAAGAGUUAGGCAGUCAGCACCAGAUUCAGGACUUGAUGCAGGGAGAUCUUGUAGACAAAAGCAACAGCAUGUUUGAUGCGUGGAAACUUCUGAAGGUGAGGAUUUUACAGUCCCUUCCAAGGGUAAAAGCUUUUUAUAAGUGCCAACAGUUUUAUUGUACUGAAUUUGAUGCAUCAUGUUGGUAUUACAGUGCACUGAGCAAGGAAAGUAAUUUAGCAUGCUUGUUUGAUUUA